GCCGCCACAAGUAACAGGACGCCACGAAGACUUAAUCACGUGACCGCGUCGGCACUGCUAUAUAUCAUUAUUAUUCAAUAUAUCAUCAGCGACCUCCUGUGUUCGACUUAGUUCGGAUUCAAGUUGCGCCACCCGCAGGUAGCACUCAUACGCCAUUCCUCGCCACCCACUGUCCGCCGUUUCAGCCUUCCCACGAUAUCUAUGGAACCAGCCCAAAUGUUCUCGACCUUGACCCUUAUGGGCGAUGAUCUUCCGCAGGCCAUCACACUGUCCAGGGCAGGCGACUUCCCUGCCUGUCAGUAUCACUCUGCACAUAGUACAUAUCGAGUUAGACUGGACUGGGAGCCGUCACCACGUCCGAAGGACGGCAGCCUCACUUUGAAGCUGGGGAAGCGCAUCGGUGACGGCAGAUCCGCCGUGGUAUACGCUGCCGAGGUUCUGACUACAUCGGAUGAGCACAACGUGCUCCGCCAUAACCUACUCCCGCCAGAAGAAACCCUCUGCGUCAAGAUUGCACGGCCCAAUCGCUGCCGCACGCUCGCACGGGAAUCCUGGGUCUACGAUCAGAUUUACCGGCGCGGCCACAUGCAGGGGAUCAUCGCGCCCCAUACCUACGGAUUUUUCACUGCCGACUUGUCUAGCCAGCAAUUAACAUUUCCACUCUGGAGCAGUCAAGACUUCACGCUGGAGCAUCAUCCCGCGGGGUCGCAAGAUGAUUCCACUCGUGAUGAUCGUCUGCCAGACGAUGAGGCAUUGGGCGUGCACAAACAUAGACCUGGUGGCAAAGAACUCUCGUCAUGGGAUAGCUGGAGGCCAGACCCUGAUGCACCACUGUUGGCCGUGCUUGUGAUGUCGCGCGGAGGGGCGACCUACACAGUCAAGGACGAUGCGGACGAAGCCAUGCAGGAAGACAUGUGCGCAAUACUCGACGAUUUAUCAGACAUUUAUUUGUGGCACACCGAUUUACGCUCGAACAACCUCGUUCGCGCGCCCUGUGGUACGAAGCCAUGCGAAAAGCACGGUCGUGUUCACACGUGGAACAUCAUAGACUUCGCCUGGACUGUUUGCGACGACAAAGACGGUGACCUGGACGAAUUGAAGUUGGUGACUAUACGAGAAUUGCAGCAAGGGUCGCACCAGGAAUAUUACUUUUGGACCGGUUUUUGUGGUUGAAUACAUACUGUCUGGUCAGCGUGAAUACCAAUCCUUCUCCUUGGCCGCCGCGGUUGGGUAGCGCAUCCACUGUGACUAGUUACGGCUCAAUCAGACCUGCGGGCGUGUACCACAUUCAUCAUGGUGAGUGAGAGUGCAUGCUAGCCCGACGGGCGACGAUGAUGUUCUCU